AAGUAAUAAAACAUUCUAACGACGAAAAUUCCGAACGAUUGACCUAAUGAUAAUACUAAUAAUUCCACCAAACCAAUCAGACUCCUGUUUCCCAAUAUUCAUUUUCAUUCUGGAAAUGCAUUUUUGUUUCUUUCCUUUCAAGUAAUAUUGGGGGGUUUUCUUUCCGGUUCUCCACAUCUCAUUGAUUCUUGAAACAUGGUUUCUUGAUUUUAGGUUAGGGUUUUUGAUUGUUUCUUGAUUUUAGGUUAUUUCAUUUACUUGUUCGAUUUGAUUUCUUUUCCUACAAUGACUUCUUCUGGGUCUCAAUCGUUUGGUCAAACAGAGAUUAAUUGGGACAAGCUUGACAAGAGAAAGUUCUAUGUUGUAGGAGCUGGGCUCUUUACUGGGGUAACAGUGGCGUUGUACCCGGUCUCUGUUGUAAAGACAAGGCUGCAAGUUGCUACAAAAGAUUCUGUGGAGAAAAGUGCAUUUUCUGUUGUCAGAGGUUUACUCAAAAGUGAAGGAGUUCCUGGUUUAUAUAGAGGGUUUGGUACGGUCAUCACUGGUGCAAUCCCUGCCAGAGUUAUUUUCAUGACUUCUCUGGAGACAACUAAAGCAGCUGCUUUCAAGAUGAUUGAACCGUUCAAAUUCUCUGAACCAACACAAGCAGCCAUAGCUAAUGGGCUUGCGGGCAUGACAUCCUCGCUUUUUUCUCAGGCUGUUUUUGUCCCAAUUGAUGUGGUUAGCCAGAAGUUAAUGGUGCAAGGAUACGCAGGUCAUGCUAAGUAUAGUGGUGGACUGGAUGUUGCUCGCAAACUUGUAAAAGCUGAUGGAAUCCGAGGACUAUAUAGGGGGUUUGGCUUAUCUGUUAUGACCUAUUCUCCUUCCAGUGCUGUCUGGUGGGCAAGUUAUGGUUCGAGCCAGCGUGUCAUUUGGAGGUCCUUAGGCUAUGGUACUGAGCAGAAUAAGGCAUUGGUUCCUGAUCCAUGGACUGUAGUGCUGGUUCAAGCUUCAGGAGGAAUAGUGGCUGGUUCUGUUGCUUCCUGCAUCACAACUCCGUUGGACACAAUUAAGACGCGGUUACAGGUGUUGGGACAUGAAAAGAGAGAAACGGCAGGACAAGUUGUGAGGAAAUUGAUUGCUGAAGAUGGAUGGAAAGGCUUUUACAGAGGGUUAGGUCCAAGGUUUGUGAGCAUGUCAGCAUGGGGAACAUCGAUGAUAUUAGCGUACGAAUAUCUGAAGCGCUUAUGUGCAAAAGAUUACGCAUGAUCCUGUUUAUGGUCUCCGUUAUUGGUCCUUCCUGAGGGAAAGAGUUUUGAGUUUCAGUUUGUUGUUGGUGGUUCACAUUCUUUCAGACUGUUGUCAAAGAUGAUCGACAUUUGUUGCAUAAUAUGCGUUUUGGUGCCUGGGUUCCUGAUAUCCAGGCAAUUGAAGACGAAGUUUCACAUCAAUUUCUACACCCGGGGUUUGAACAAACCAGUGAUAUUUAAUAAACUGGUGUUGUUCGACUGGUUCCCAUUUUAUAACAAACCUCAACAGAUAAUUCUUUACCUUCUUUACAAGAGCCACAGCAGAUUAUUUUUCUGAUCAAGUAACAAUAAGUAGUUCCAGCUUGUAUAAUGAAUAACGACAUUCUUUUGAAAAAGAAUUUACAUAGGAUUCAAUCAAAUUUAUGUGGUCUUGUAAUACAACGUGAUUGUCUUUCAAUCUAUUAGCAAAUUAGCAUUUUGUUAUUACA